UCAAAUCAUUAAACCUAACGCAGAGUUCUUUUCUUAUUAACUAAAAGAAACUCCUAGCCUGAUCAUGAAGCCUUUACUUAGAUUCCAAGUUUUAGGGGUACUAGUUGUACUAGGCAUCCUCCAUUGCCAAGCUUCGGUUCGCCGACAUGCUUUUGUGGUUAAAGAAGCCCCUUACACAAGAUUGUGCAGCACGAAGAACAUAUUGACAGUGAAUGGCCAAUUUCCUGGACCAACGCUUUACGCUCGAAAAGGAGAUACCAUCAUCGUCGAUGUUCACAACAAGGGCAACCGUAACAUUACAAUCCACUGGCAUGGAGUGAAACAACCAAGGAAUCCAUGGUCAGAUGGUCCAGAGUAUAUUACGCAGUGUCCAAUUCAACCAGGAGCCAAGUUCAGCCAAAAGAUUAUAUUAUCCACGGAAGAAGGCACCCUGUGGUGGCAUGCGCACAGUGAGUGGGACAGAGCUACCGUCUAUGGAGCUCUUGUCGUAUAUCCUAAGAAAGGAACCCACUAUCCCUUCUCUAAACCCCAUGCAGAAUUCCCCCUCAUAUUAGGAGAGUGGUGGAAGGAAGAUAUAGAGAAGCUUUACACUGAGUCUCUCAAAUUCGGAGGAGACCCCAACAUUUCAGACGCUUUAACCAUCAAUGGCCAACCUGGUGAUCUCUAUCCCUGCUCAAAACCAGAUACAUUCAAGCUAAUGGUUGAGCACGGCAAGACUUAUCUCCUCCGUCUAAUAAACUCCGGCAUCCAAGAUAUUCUCUUCUUCUCCAUCGCCAACCACAGCCUCACCAUUGUGGGAUCAGAUGCAAGCUACACCAAACCAUUCGUCACAAACUACAUAGCAAUAUCCCCCGGUCAAACCAUUGACUUCUUGUUGACGGCCGAUCAAGAUCCCGACCACCACUACUACAUGGGUGCCAAAGUCUACGCUGCAGCUCCCAACCCAUUCGACAACACAACCACCACUGCUCUUCUCCAUUAUGGCAACUUCACUCCCUCCAAUUGUCCUCCAUUUUCCCCCUAUCUCCCUCCCUAUAACGACACCAAUUCGUCGGUGAGCUUCACAGGGAGACUCAGAAGCUUAGCCGAUGACAGCCACUCUGCUGUGGAUGUCCCAUUGAACAUAACCGACAGUUUAUUUUUCACUCUUUCCAUCAACACGUUUCCUUGCCACCAAAACGAUUCGUGUCAAGGCCCAAAUGGCUCUCGCUUAGCUGCUAGCGUGAACAACGUGAGCUUUGUCACUCCCACGGUGAAAAACAUAUUGCAAGCUUACUAUUACCAUGCCAAUGGUGUUUUCGGAGACAGGUUUCCCGACUUUCCGGAGACCGUUUUCGAUUUCACGGCCGCGGAUCUUCCUUUGUACUUGGAGACACCGAAAUCUGGGACGGAGGUUAAGGUACUGGAGUAUAAUUCGACGGUUGAGAUCGUGUUCCAAGGGACCAAUUUGGUGGCGGGGGACUAUCAUCCAAUGCAUCUUCAUGGGUACAGUUUCUACGUGGUUGGUUGGGGAUUUGGAAAUUUCGACAAGGAUAAAGACCCUUUGAAUUAUAACCUUGUCGACCCUCCGCUCCAAAACACUAUUGCCGUCCCUAUAAAUGGCUGGACCACCGUCAGAUUCAAGGCUGGCAAUCCCGGAGUAUGGUUCAUGCACUGCCACUUGGACAGGCAUAUGUCAUGGGGUAUGACAAUGGCGUUCAUAGUGAAGAAUGGGAAAUCCCCAGAUGAUCAGAUUUUACCACCACCUCCGGACAUGCCUCCAUGUUGAACAAAUACUCUGCUACUGAUAAUGAUGAUAUCAUCACAAACUCACCAUUUAUAUUAUGAUUUAUUAUUAAUUUAUUCCUUUGAUUUCAUCCAAAUAAAAAUGAUUUGAUGUAUUGUUUGUGAUUUCUAAGGUUAUGGCACUUCGAACCAUGUUCAAGUUGCUACUGAAUGUAUUGUUUGACAAAGUGUAGUUGUAACAACUAUUUCACGGUUAUGUAAGAUAUGUAUGUAUUUUUCAGUUAA